GCCACAAAGUUUAACUUUCUAGAGCAGCCGCUCAUUGCAGUACAGUGCGCUCUGAGAGUACCCGGUGCGGUAUACAGUAGAAUGAAGCGGCGACACUGGUCCUGAGGAGACAUUUGACAUCCGCAGAGAAAAAGGAGAUCGUGGCAUCACCCUGAUACUUCCACAAAGGUUUCUUUUAUUUUAAUAGAUAGUUGCAAAACGGAUUAUAAAAAAAACAUCAGCUGCGGUCUGAUAAAGGAAUAAUAAAUAUGGGGAGCCGGGGACACUACCGGUACCACUGGCAAAGCCACAAUGUCAAGCAGAGCGGUGUGGAUGACAUGGUGCUACUCAGCAAGAUCAAUGAGGACGCCAUCGUGGACAAUCUCAAGAAGAGAUACAUGGAUGACUUUAUUUUUACAUACAUUGGUCCUGUCCUCAUCUCUGUAAACCCUUUCAAGCAAAUGCCUUACUUUGGGGACAAAGAAAUCGAGAUGUACCAAGGCGCAGCUCAAUAUGAGAACCCUCCUCAUAUCUAUGCACUAGCUGAUAACAUGUACAGAAACAUGAUGAUUGAUCGUGAGAAUCAAUGUGUCAUCAUCAGUGGUGAGAGUGGAGCAGGAAAAACGGUAGCAGCAAAGUACAUCAUGAGCUACAUUUCCAAAGUUUCAGGUGGAGGUCCCAGAGUACAGCAUGUCAAAGACAUCAUUCUGCAGUCCAAUCCUCUGCUGGAGGCCUUUGGAAAUGCUAAGACAGUGAGGAACAACAACUCCAGUCGAUUUGGGAAAUACUUUGAGAUUCAGUUCAGUUCCGGUGGUGAGCCAGAUGGUGGGAAAAUCUCCAACUUCCUUUUGGAAAAAUCACGGGUUGUGAUGCGGAAUCCUGGAGAGAGGAGUUUCCACAUCUUCUACCAGUUAAUAGAGGGAGCAAGUGCAGACCAGAAAAGCAGUUUGGGCAUCACCAACCUGGAUUACUACACUUACCUCAACCAAUCAGGUUCCUACAAGGUUGACGAUAUUAAUGACAAGCAUGAUUUCCAGGAAACUAUGCAUGCCAUGGAUGUGAUUGGUAUCUCAGGGAUAGAUCGCACCAUGGUGCUGCAGAUUGUGGCAGGAAUUCUUCACCUUGGGAACAUUGCCUUCAGGGAAGCCGGGAAUUAUGCUGCUGUAGAAAAUGAUGAGUUUCUUGCAUUUCCUUCCUUUCUGUUGGGCAUCGAUCAGCUGCGCCUGAAAGAAAAACUCACUAGCCGUAAAAUGGAUGGCAAGUGGGGAGGGAAAUCAGAGUCCAUUGACGUGACGUUGAAUGUGGAACAGGCGUGUUUCACACGAGAUGCUCUCUCUAAAGCUUUGCACUCUCGAGUUUUUGACUACCUGGUAGAGUCAAUCAAUAAAGCCAUGGUGAAGGACCAUCAAGAGCUAAACGUUGGUGUAUUGGAUAUCUAUGGCUUUGAGAUUUUUCAGAAAAAUGGAUUUGAACAGUUCUGUAUCAACUUUGUGAAUGAAAAACUGCAGCAGAUUUUCAUUGAGUUGACUCUUAAAGCCGAGCAGGAGGAGUAUGUACAGGAAGGAAUCCGCUGGACUCCCAUAGAGUACUUCAACAACAAGAUUGUCUGUGACCUCAUUGAGAGCAAAAUUAAUCCUCCAGGCAUCAUGAGCAUACUGGACGAUGUGUGUGCCACAAUGCAUGCGAAGGGUGAAGGCGCAGACCAGACCAUGCUGCAGAAGCUUAGAAUGCAGAUCAACAACCACGAGCACUUUAACAGCUGGAACCAGGGCUUCAUCAUCCACCAUUAUGCCGGCAAGGUGUCCUAUGAUGCAGAGGGCUUCUGUGAGAGGAACAGGGAUGUGCUGUUCACUGACCUGAUCGUACUGAUGCAGAGCAGUGAAAUACCUUUCAUCCGUGCCCUGUUCUUGGAAAACCUCAAUGCUGAGAAGAAAGGCAGACCCACUACUGUAGGGAGUAAAAUCAAGAAACAAGCCAACGAUCUGGUGAGCACUUUGAUGAAGUGUACACCACACUACAUCCGCUGUAUCAAACCCAAUGAGACAAAGAAGCCCAAAGACUGGGAGGAGAGCAGAGUAAAGCACCAGGUGGAAUAUCUUGGUCUGAAAGAGAAUAUUAGGGUGAGGCGUGCAGGCUAUGCAUACAGAAGAUUCUUCCACAAGUUCUUGAACAGGUACGCUAUUCUGACAAAGGAGUCGUGGCCGACGUGGCACGGGGAUGAGAAGCAGGGUGUGCUUCACCUCCUGCACUCUGUAAACAUGGACCAGGACCAGUAUCAGCUUGGACACACCAAAGUUUUCAUCAAAGCCCCAGAGUCGCUCUUCCUGCUGGAGGAGACGAGAGAGCGUAAAUUCGAUGGUUAUGCCAGAACCAUUCAGACAGCAUGGCGAAAAUAUUGUGCCCGCAAAAGAUAUGUUCAAAUGAGAGAGGAGGCCUCUGAUCUACUGCUGAACAGGAAGGAGAGGAGAAGACACAGCCUGAACAGAAACUUUGUGGGUGAUUAUAUUGGUAUGGAUGACCGUCCCGAGCUUAGGCAGUUUUUGGGCAAGAGGGAGAAGAUUGAUUUUGCGGAUAAAGUCACCAAAUAUGACAGACGAUAUAAGAGCAUUAAGAGAGACCUGAUCCUCACCCCAAAAUCAGUCUACCUGAUUGGAAGAGAAAAGGUGAAACAGGGGCCGGAGAAGGGACAGGUGAAAGAGGUCCUAAAGCGUAAAAUUGAUGUUGAGAAGAUUCUAGCUGUUUCUUUCAGCACAAUGCAGGACGACUUCAUGAUCCUACAUGAGGAGGAGUAUGACAGCCUGCUGGAGUGUGUGUUUAAGACGGAGUUCAUCAGUUUACUAGCACGCAGAUAUGAAAAGAGAACACAGAGAAAACUACUGCUCAAAUUUAGCAACACGCUGGAAAUUAAGCUGAAGAAAGAAGGAUGGGGACCCUGGAAUGCAGGAGGAUCCAGACAGGUGCAGUUCAUCCAGGGACAAGGGGAUGUAGCUGUGCUGCGACCCUCAAACAAAAUACUGCAGGUCAGCAUUGGACCGGGUCUUCCCAAGAACUCACGUCCUACUAAGAAGAGCAACACUCAAAACCGCUCCAACAUGUCCAGAGCGCACCAACACGCCCCAACACGCAUCGCACCUGGUCCUCCAGUUGCUCACCAGAAUGGAGGGCUUAAGAAUGCCAAUCAAAGGAACUCGCAACCUCAAAGCAAUCAGAGGCCGACAUCAGGAAACACAGCCCGCCCAUUCCUGCCUACUAAUGUCAGUCAGCCCAAGGACAGGGGCAGCAGGCAUGCGCCCCAGCAACCUAACCUAGAUUUCCUUAAAGUACCCGACCAAGGGGCUGCAGGCAGAAAUCACCAAGCAUCUGGAAAUGGAGGAAUGGCCCACAGACAGUCCACCAGCAGGCCUGCUCCAGGAGGUGGCCGGCCCAAACCUGCCCCCAAGCCCAAGCCCCAGGUACCUCAGUGUAAGGCUCUCUAUGCCUAUGAUGCUCAAGAUACAGAUGAGCUCAGUUUCAACGCAGAUGACAUCAUUGAUAUCGUUAAGGAAGAUGCCUCUGGAUGGUGGACAGGGAGACUGAGAGGUAAACAAGGCCUUUUUCCAAACAACUACGUGAACAAAAUCUAACCUCUUCUAUAGAUGAUGAGGGGACCAGACUAUUUGAACCUCAGCAGACUCAUUAAAGGAGGACAAAUAAAGGAAGGAAAUUGAGAAAAUUUUAAAUUGAGAAGAUGAAGGACAGAGGUGUGCCAUGGCUGUCGUUGAAUCCCCAUAAACUCUGCAUUAUGUUACCAUGGACACUUUAAUAAGGUCUGACGGGCAGUGCUCUGAAGAGCAGGCCACUAAACUUUUCUCCAGGGUGCUAAUACUGAGCUGUCCCUGUGGGCACUGAUCAAAGCUAUUUAUUGUAUUUAUAGCAUUCUACAGUAUAUUCUGAUGUGGUUUAUUCAUCUGUCAUUAAUAUUUAAGGUGAUCUUAUUCACUUGAAGAGAUGAAGUAGCAAUUGUAUGUGGGAACAGGCCUUUUUUUAAUUUUGCCUUUGAAAUUAAUAGAUUUUAUAUGUAAAUCAAGGUGCUUCCAUUUGGUCACCUGCUGUUUUUAUGAUUUUAUUUUUUACAAGCUCUUGAAGUCAUGUCCAAAUCCAGGGCCGUAACCACAAUAAACAUUGAGGGGGACAAGUUCCCCCCAAUAAUCUGAUAUGGCCAUUCUGAAGUACCAUUUUAGAAAAUUCACUUGAUAUUGUCUUAAAUAUUAUCUAUAAAACAAAGUAGAGCAGUUUCACACUCAGAUUAAAACUAGAACAUGGUAAGACCAGUGAAUUUAAUUUUUUGGUUGUGGCAAGGACAGUGUCAUAUAUUUUUAAUUCAAUUAAAAUAUUAGGUAUUUAUUUAAAGAUGUCUUAACAUAAUUCUGAAUUGUGUACAGCAUCUCCUAAGAGUCUUCUUUUAAAAUAACUUUUAUGGUAUGUUAAUAUAUUUUUUUUCUUUGGACCUUGACAGUAGUGAUCAAUAUGAACUUAUUUUAUAUGGAAAAGAGCAGCAUUAGGAUUCUUGAAGAAAAUAUUGUGUUAAGAUUCUACUGGGGAAAAAAGCACAAGGGACAACUUUUUGUAAAAAUUGUGUAUUUUAUUUUUGCUAGCCAGUUGACAGUCAUGUCCUUUUAAAGAUACAUCAGUGAUGAAAAGAAAUUCAAAUUAUAUUCAUCUUGUCUUUGAUACAGCACAAAAGAUGUCUAAAACAGGCAAAUUGCUAGCAAUCCAGGCACAGUGGUAGUCUGGUAAAAAUAAAAAAAAUCUUUUAAAACCAAAAAUUACAAAUUUUUGGGCCUUUAUGGCACUUAAAGCCUUUAUUCUGAAAAGUAUUGGAUUCAGAGCCUUUACAAUUUUAAAGGACCAAAGGGGACAACUAUAUUUGUGACCUCAACACCCACCCCCCCCAAUUUACAAGACAUGGUUACGGCCUUAAGCAAAUCAGAGGUUUUAGUGGGGAAUAUUUUGCUGCUAUGACCAUUUUACCAUAUUAUUGCCUUCCACAUUCUAGUUAAGAGAAACCCAAAUGUAUAAAAUGCACACAAAUCUUGAAAACCAUGGACUGUAUAUUUAUGAAUUUGUUUAUCUUUGAUGUAUGCUGAAUGUGUCAUUGUUCAAGAGAUGCAGAGUUUUGUAAAGCUAGAUUUUAUAUAGAAGUGUUAUUUCCAUGCAUUAUUUUGUUAUCAGUCCCACAUUCACAUCUGUUCACAAGUUACUGUAUGGUGAAGUUUAACGCACUUUCAGUACAACCCUUUACAAAUGUACUGGUCAGGUAAUUUAAACCAAGGUUUGCCAGAGAAAGUGCUCAUCACUAAAGGAAAGAAAUUUGGAAAUUGUUUACAUUAGUAUUAUUGGCAUUUUACAGAAAUUUGCAUCUCAAUCUUUGAGCUGCUUUGUGGGUGGUGUUGAUGAGCUGUAUUUUUCAGUAAUGCAUGAUCGGUGGGUUAAAUUAGGAAAAUAAAAUAUAUAUUUCCUUCACAAAAAGUGGUUUAUUUUCAAUGCAAGUAGUUCUUUACU